GACAUGAAGGAGGGAAAAACAGCGCUUUCAUUGCGUUAAACACAGCGAAACUCGAGCAAAUCUUCUCGCGUUGACGUGUGCGUGUGUGGCACGUCAUGGUCACUGCGAGCCAUACAUCUUUUUCCCUCUCUAUCCAAUUUCUCCCGGAUACAUAUAUACGUACGCAUAGAAGGAAUAGCCGCCACCAACGGCUUCUCCUAAUUAUGGAUGACUUCACCACACGUCUUCCGCGGCUUCGCACAGGAACUGAGCAGCUCCGCAAAGAUGGACCAGUGAGCGUCAAAACGGUUCCUGCGAAGGCAACGAGCACCUCCUCCGCGUCGCCGAAACGUGUCUCUGCGUUGAUGCGUAUGUGGACAAAAAAUGCACCCAUCUCGCAAGCCAACGGUGUCGGUGAUGAGGAGAACCUUUCUUCCUCUUUACAACUGCACACCCCUCCAACGAUGACGAAGCGCCACGGUACAGGACAACUCGAGACAACACCGCCCCGUUCGGCGUUUGCUCCUUGUAUCAAAUCGCUCCCGUCGCUUCUUCAAGACACCAUCGGCUAUCACCCACAAGCAGAGUACCUCGCGCACGCAUCUUCUACACACGCGGAAAGAAGCUCAUCGAAGCGCGUCGCCUGUAGGCCGUUCAGCUGCGUUGUGAUUGACCUCGAGACGACCGGGUUUGACCCCGGCCGGCACACGAUUGUUGAAGUGGCAUGUGCGGAGCUGCGGUGGAAUCCGCCUCAGCCUGCUGUGGCCGUCACCACGGCGGUGCAGACCACCACACCAGCCUCUCCGUCUACCUGUGUGCCCGUUGCGAUGGCAAAUAACGACCAGUACCUGCCUUCCUCGCCCAACGACUCCGCUGUUUCAUUCAAAGGCUUUUGGGCACGCGGGGCACGCACUUUCCACCGCUACAUCCGCCCACGAAGCCGUGCGGCUCUCACCGCCGCAAGCACCACUGUUCACGGCAUUACGUGGGAGAAGGUGAAAGACUGUGGCGAAUGGCCGGCCGCGGCGAGGGACCUCGUCCGGUUCCUCCACCAAAUUGCGACGGACAGCGGUCCGCUACCGUCUUCUCCAUCACUUCCAACAUCGGCGCUGGUGUCGGAGGGCGAGGGCUUCGUAGGCUGCCCGCAGCUGCUCACGGUUCAACUGCCUCCGCUUGUCGCGCACAACGCGUCUUUUGACGCGUCUUUUCUCGAGCGCCACCUGCAGCUCUGCGGGUACCGCGUUGUGUGGGACGCACACUACCCGUUAACGUGUUCAAUGAGGUGGUCUCGGCAGUCGUACCCACACGUCGCACCGAAUCUGAACUCCAUUUGCAAGUUUUUCUGCAUACAAGAUGCUGAGGAGCGGGCGGCUGGCUUUCACGGUGCGAUGAUCGAUGUCGUGCUGACGGCGAGGCUGUUCCUACAACUGUGCCAUCGAUGGGAGGAGAGCUAUUCGAUCGAUUCGGACUAG